AUGAAGAAGUUGCACCUUGGAGGAAACAAACUAGCAUGGAACAAUAAUCUGGCUAUCGAACCAAAAUGUAAGUUAUCUUCUUUAUCAUUGAGAUCAUGCAGUGUUAAGGGGCAAAUUCCUAGCUGGAUCUCUAAUCAAACUGAUCUUAUUUACUUGGAUUUGAGUGAGAAUGAUCUUGAAGGAGACUUUCCACAGCGGUUCUUUGCCAUCUCAGUUGUUUCAAUCUCGAAAUCUAUCGGUCCUUGCAUUGUCAAGGAACAACUUUUCUGGGGAAUUGCCAGAAAUCAAUACUGCUUCAAUUAUGGUCCACUGCCAAAAUCUAUCUCCAAUACCCACAGGUUGUUGCUACUGGACUUGUCAAAGAACAGCUUCUCUGGCAAUGAAUUUCCAGCAUUUGGACCAAAUAGCUUAAUUGCUUUUGUUGAUGUUUCUUCCAACACUUUCUCCGGUAAAGUUCCUUCGAAUUUCAGACUCUUUACGGUGAUGCUUUCGUUAAGUCAAAACUGCUUUUACGGUCCAUUGCCUAAAAAUUUCAGCAAUUUGAUUAUGCUUGAGCACCUUGAUCUUCAUGGCAACAAUAUCAGUGGUGAAUUUCCAGCUUUUUUCUCUCAAAUGUCCUCUUUUCAAGUUCUUAAUAAUCUUAGGAACAAUUCCAUUAAAGGAUCAAUCUCCAAUGAUCUGUCAAGUCUUAGCAGUCUCAGAAUCCUAGACCUCUCCAACAACUACCUCAAGGGUGAAAUCCCUCAAAGCUUGGGAAACCUUACAGGGGUGAUUGAAACACCUGAUGCCCCAUUAACACUUUCUGAAAUUUUCAAAUUUCCAGUUGAAAUCCAUGAUUUGAUAGUAAAUUGUAAGAAAGCAAAGCAGGGCCUUUCGAUCCGAAAUCGGGAUAUCUAUACAUUUCUGGACUUGUCAAAGAACAGGUUAUCAGGAGAAAUUCCAUAUUCAUUGGGUGGUCUCAAAAGCUUGAAGCUACUUAACCUUUCAUUCAAAGAACUUUCAGGCAAAAUCCCAAUCAGUUUUGGUGAUCUAGAGAGUGUCGAGACCUUGGAUUUGUCACACAAUACCCUUGAUGGUGAAAUACCAGUGACAUUUUCCAAGCUCCUGGAACUAAAUUAUUUAGACUUGAGCAACAACAAGCUUGGUGGUAAGAUUCCUGGAGGACAUCAAAUGGAUACCCUGGUUGAUCCAAAAAUGUAUGCCAAUAACAGUGGACUAUGUGGGGUGCAAAUUGAGGUUCCUUGUGAAAAAGAUUUGGUGCCACCGGGGCCACCAUUGAGGAAGAAACAGGAACCAAUGUAUUCAUGGAUAGCAACAGGAGUUGGGUACCCUGUUGGGUUCUUGUCUUCUACUGCAGUGAUGUAUGUUUUAGGUUAUUUCAACACUGCACCGGCGUAUCACCGUCGUAGUUCCCUGAGAUGA